AUGAGUGAAAAUAAAGAAGGAAUUGAAAAAAGUGCUAUAAAUAGGUACGAUCUUGAUAAGAACGAUUGUAAUGAAAUAGUUGAUAAUAACGAAAAUUUUAAAAAUUAUAAGGAUCUGAAUAAUGGUGUAAUUACAUUUGAACAUGAUACAAGUCAUCUUAACGAAGGUAAUUGUGAUAGUGCAUAUUUAAAUGAUAGUAUUGGUAAAGAUAAUGAAAAUUGUUCAUUAAACGAUGUGAUAAAUAAAUAUCUGAUGACCCUCGAGAAUAAAGAAAAGAAUAAUGGAGAAGAGGGAGAUUAUCAAAACUAUGUCGAAUGCGCAUUCAAUUGUGCUGUUUAUGCGAGUGAUGUGAGUAACGCUAACCAUGGGAAUGGUGUGAAUAUACAUGUUGACGAAAGCGUUUAUAGUUGGGAAAAUAUUUCAAAUAAUCCUAAUAAUUGUAAUAUUUCUAAUAAUCCUAAUAAUUGUAAUAUUUCAAAUAAUCCUAAUAAUUGUAAUAUUCCUAAUAAUCCUAAUAAUUGUAAUAUUUCUAAUAUUUCUAAUAUUUCUAAUAUUCCUAAUAUUUCUAAUAUUUCUAAUAUUCCUAAUGAUGAAUAUUAUAUGAACAAUUUUUACGCUAAUAAUGAUGAGGGAAACUAUUGGGCUCAUUGGGACAGCAGUAACAUGCCCACCCAGAAAAACCUUGCCAACAAUUACGGAAGCAUAAAUGACAAUGAUAAUGAUGUGAAGGACAAUUAUAGUGGCCUGAAUGAUAAUUAUAGGAAUUACAGUAGUAGUAAUAGGAAUAUUAAUGAUAAAAAUAAUAGUAACAUUAAUAAUAAUUGUAGCCCUAGUGAUAACGUUCCUUUUACGCACCCUGUUGGCGCAAAUGACGGGAAGUGCAAAAAUUAUUCUAAAGACCCCUAUAAUAUAUCAAUUGGAAAUAUGGAAAAUACGAAUAACUACAGGGAUUUCAUGAAGAUAAGAAAUAACUCGAUUGAGAAGUACUCAUCAUAUACCUCUGCUAUCUCAAAUAGUAACAACAAUAAUGGAAAGCGAUUAUUUUUUUCGAAAAAUGCUCAAGGUCGUCCAUGCAGUAACAAUAGUAGUAACAAUAAUAAUAUUAAUAGUACUGAUAGAAUUAGUAGUUUACAUAAUGAAACUGAUAACUAUCGAAGGUUACCAUAUGUGAGCCAUAAUAAUUACGUAUAUAAUAUUAAUAAUAAUAAAAAGAAUAAUAGUAAAAAUGAUAACAGUAAUAGUUAUAGCAAUAAAAAUGGCAGUGAUAACACACAUCAGAUGGAAAUGGCGUAUGAUGAAAAAAGAAAAUAUUCAUAUGAAAGAAAAAAAAAUUUAUAUAAAAGUAAUUAUGAAUAUAAAACUAAGGAGAAUGUCCAUUUUUCACCCACAGAGAACAAACAUGAUUAUCUGAGGUACAAGAAGUACGAAAGUAAAUGGGAUAAUCAAGGUGAUUGUACGAAUGUUAAGAACUUUGAUGAUAAGAUGUAUAUGCAAUAUGAUGAUAGGCAGCAUAUGCAAUAUGAUGAUAAGCGGCAUAUGCAAUAUGAUGAUAGGCGGCAUAUGCAAUAUGAUGAUAGGCGGCAUGUGCAAUAUGAUGAUAGGCGGCAUAUGCAAUAUAGUGAUGAGAGGCAUACACAUUAUAAUGAGGGGCAAACUGAUCGACACGAUAAUAUGAUAUUAAACAAAUAUGCUGAUAACAGAUUUAUCCAGUAUGAUGAAAAAAGCAUGAAUAAAGUAGACAAAAAAUACGAAUGCAAUAUAUUCGAUGAUGAAUGUUAUUUUGUUCAAUGUAGAAGUUAUGGAAAGGAAAAAAUUGUAAUUCCUAGUCCGUUAAGCAGCUUAGAAGACUUAAGCACAUUAUGUGGAGAUAUUUUAUAUAAAAAUAUUUGUAUGAAGGGGUACAACCAAAUGACUACUGUUCAGAAAUAUUCAAUACCGAUAAUAAAAAAAAAAAUGAACCUUAUUGCUUCUUCACAAACAGGAAGUGGAAAAACCUUUUCUUUUCUAUGUCCUAUAAUUUCAAAUCUUAAAAAAGAUAAUGAAAUUCUUCGGCCUCAUUUUCCUGGAGCAUAUGCAUGCAUUUCUCCGUUGUGUCUGGUCCUCUGUCCAACAAGGGAGCUGGUUAUUCAAAUACAAAAGGAGGUAAAUAGUCUAACAAAAGGCAUGGACAUUGUGUGUAUGGCCUUUUACGGGGGGGAAACGAUGAAAGACCAGAUAGUACAAAUAAAUGAAAGGCAAGCCGAAAUAAUAGUAUCAACCCCAGGGAGGUUACUAGACUUACUAAACAAUUGCAAAGUUAGUCUUUCUUUUAUUAAAUAUUUAAUUUUUGACGAAGCUGAUGAAAUGAUAUCUCUUGGUUUGAAAAAUCAGAUGGAUGAAAUAAUUUUUCAAAAGGAUUUAUGCCCAAGUGAAACAAGGCAAACCAUAUUUUUCACUGCUACCUUGUCUGAUAAUUUGAGAGAUGAUAUUGAAAAGUUUAUAGCUACCCCUUAUAUUUAUUUAAAUAUAAAACAAAAAAAGGAUGUUAAAAAUUCCAUCAAGCAGAUUGUCAAAUACGUACCGGUGAAAUCAAAGUUGAAUGAACUUUUUCGAGACAUUCGAACCUUACAAGGUCAGGCGAUAAUAUUUGUGGAAUUGAGAACUUCUAUUAAUCACAUCUUUAACUUUUUGAAGUCGAAAGGCUUUAACGUGAACUAUUUACAUGGGAAGAUGAAUCAGGCUCGGAGGGAAUUAGUUUUUGAAAAGUUUAGGAACAAAUCUUUUCAAAUAUUAAUAGCUACAUCCAUAGCAGCAAGAGGCUUAGAUUUCCCAGAUCUCGAAUUAGUAAUAAAUUAUGAUUUGCCUUCCGAAUUUGAACAAUACAUGCACAGGAUAGGAAGAACAGGGAGAAUUGGAAAAACAGGAAUAGCAAUAAAUUACUUUAAUAGUUCAAACAAGAAAAUAAUUGACAAGCUAAUUGAACAUUUAAAGAAACACGAUCAAAUAGUUCCUAAUUGGCUUCUUAAUUUUAAUAAGUGA